AUGCAAACGCAGUCGGCACCCAGCGUCCCAUCUACUCCGAUGGUACCUGUGACACCCGUGACCCCUGUGGGUCUAGCAGGCAUCCUGGCCUUGCACGACGUGAUCCGACACGAUGCACAGGGUCUGGACGGCAGCUCUCAACGCCGCUUGCAAAAGCAUUUCCAAAAAUUAUCAAAAGCUGUUGAGACUUCAUUCGCUGAGCACGUACUGCUCGAGCGACGCAAUGAGUUCCUGCAAAGGACGAACGGCGAAGCUCGUGUACGACGCUCAACGAGAUCCAAAGUCAUCGGGACAGCGAGAGUGAUGAGCUAUGAGGAUCUGGAAAAAGCAAGAGAUGAGCGGGCACUCCAAGACGCGAAAUCAACCUCAAAGCGCAGGUCGAGAACCAGGAUUGUUGAUCACAAUGCCACGAAUGAAACUUCGAAUGUGGUUCAGAGCAGUACCGAUUGA